CCUAACGGCUCUACCAGCCUCCAUGGGUAACGGCUCCGUCUCUGUCUUAGAGACCACCAGAACACACCAGAGGAUCAGGACAUGUCAGAAAGUUCUUCAGGUGUGAACACGCUCAGUGGCAUUUUUCCUAAAUCUCACUCAUCCCAGUACUCUGAGCCCGGAGGUACACACACAUCCCUCUCUGUGGACCAGAGUCCUGAUUCUGGACUAGUAUCCACUCCUCUUCCAUCCAGUCGGUUCCGGUUUGUGGCGUGGCAUCGCCUGGAGCAGUGUGACAUCACAGGUGACCAGCUGACCUGCCCCAGGGUCAGAGAAGGGCCAUCACACGAAGAGCUGUUUGAAAGAGAAGGGGGUGAUGCAUGUUUGGAGAGAGUGGAGAGAAGGAGAAGAGAGGAGGAAGGCCAAACCUGGGAGGAGAGGCUGCAAGAAAACUGGGAAAACUGUUUGGAGUUAAACUUGUCCUACCAGAACCUGGGUGACCCCUUCCAGCAACAGAACUGCUUCAGGAUCCUCCGCCGGUUGAUACGUGUGGAGAAACUACAACUAGUUGACAACUCCCUCACCAACCUGAGUUCAAUACGUCUGCCAAGGUGCACAGUGCUGAACUUGCACCAUAACCACCUGGUGUGCCUGUGUCAGCUGCCUAAGCUCCCUGCUGUGGAGCACCUUUGUGUAUCUGAGAAUGCCAUUUCCUCAUUGCGAGGACUGGGAGCUCUGAGGAAUAGUCCACUACGCUCCCUAAACCUGAGCCGCAACCCUGUGACCUUCACUCAGGAUUACCGUGCACAUGUUUUUGCCUGUUUGCCAAAGUUAGAGGUCCUGGAUGGAAUUCCAAAGCUGCCAGAAGACUCUUUGCCCAUCACACUACAUUUCCCAGAAACCACCAGCAUGUGCAACAUUUUGUGACAUUUUUACAGCAAUGGAUGUGUACUGACUCUGUGGCACUAAAGAUUUCAUAAAACUAAAUAAAUAAAUAAAAU